GGGCCAUUUUAAUCUGUGAAGCACUUUGAGUUGCAUUUUUUGUAUGAAAAGUGCUAUAUAAAUAAAGUUGAUUUGAUUUGAAAAGAAUAACCACUCGGGCAGAGUUCAAUCAGACCAGAAUAAUCAGAUGUUUGCUGCCAAACUUCAGUCAGAAACAGAAAAUCCAGGUUUUUAGAGAGAAUUAAAUCAUUGAGCAGGAAGGACUUAUUGUUAACAGAGCAGGUAUUUAAUAGAGCCAUGCUGAGUGAGGUGGAGGAAUCAGAAACUACAGAAACAGCUAGAGUUAGUGGACGUAAAAUAGCAGGGUUAGAUCCAUGGUGUUUAUAAAAACCACUUAUGGAGGGAACAGGAGGAGAAACCACUGAGGAAUGAGGAUAAACCGACCUUAAAAAACUUGGACGGAAAAACUGUGCCACAACGCGGCCUGGCGGGAAUGCAGAAGUGGCGCUCAAGUCGCCAAACAAAGGACAAGAAGCAAGAAGAUCACGCCGAUGUUUACUAGAUAAACCACGCUUUAAGAAAAGUCUUAUGCUCACCUUGAUUCCUGCUUGUUUACCUCUUCCUCCGACGUUUUCCUGAGACCGGUUAAACAUCGCUGGAGGCACUCUAGUUGGGAUCGUUGUUCGGCUCCGGGCCAGUACGCCACUCAGGUAAACAAACAGGAAGCUACGUCCUCGGUGUGUCUUGGGUGAUUGUGAACGAAUGGGCUAACAACGCCCUUUCUCAAACAGUCUUUUAGGGGGAGGGUGUUACCACCCCAGGGGUAAACCCGAACACCUUCCUGCCUGCCUACCAUAUUACUGCUGUUCAGCUCUGUUAUUUUUCAGUUAUUUUCCUGGCAGGUUCAGCUCCAAGCAGCGAAGCCUGCUGAAGGCUCCACCCAGCUGCUCCCCAUCAAGCUAAUCAGCUGCAGCUGCUACUUAAGGAGCUGCUGAACUCUCAUUGAAGGAGGGUUUGUGGAGUCAGAAGGAGGUUGUAGAGAGAAAGCAAAGGAGUUUGCUGAGAGCUCAUGUGUUGGAGUAGUCUUCCUUUUUGAGCAUUUGGAGACUUCAUUAAACGUGGCUGUGUUUGUUUAGUCUCUUUGGCAUUUUAUGAGACUCGGUCAAACUAGCAGCUUUUGUUUUGUCCUUUAAGUAACUCGAGACUUUGAUUUAUUUAAUCCUUGGCAUUUGAGCAUUUGAGCCCUUUUAGUUGGAAGCCCAUCGCGAGGCCCCUUUUGGUUUGUACCUCUUGUCUUUUGGUUUUUGCUCUAUUAAGGAGAGGUUUAUUUUGUUGAGGUUCAUAGUCGAUUGCUCAUUUUAGAAACGAGUCACUUUGACUUAAGCCCUUUUUUAAAAGUCAGAGCUUUUUAAGUUAAAGGCCUUUAUUUUCAGGCCUUUAACUUUGCCUGUUUUAAUAAAUUGUAACAAAGCUUCCUCUCUGAGUGAUGUCCCCUGUUGUAGCGUCAUCAAGGUUCUUAAUUUGUGGCAAAGGUCACAUUUACCCAGCUGGGUCAAACAGUAACUUUCAAGUCCACAGAUUAACCAAGGAGUCAAUAUGUCUGGAAGAACAUCACCACUACCAUCCCAGAAGAAGGACACUUCAAGUUCACGAUAAUAAUUAAAUAAUAAUAUUAAUAAAACUCUUUGACUCUUUCAGCAAAUCAGAAGGUCAGUUCCAUCUUAUCCACAGAGUUUAUCCAGAGUAAACAAUAACUGCCAACACGUUUUUGACGCAUGACCAAAGCUUUCUUGCUGAGAGUGGGUGUGUUCUGAGAGCUUUGUAAACUAACCUGCAACAGCUUUCACGUCUGCUCUUGAACCAACACCAUCGAGGAGACGGGUCGGCCGCCCUGACCCUCUGCCAAGCUGUUCUGUCACACAGACAAGAAUAGCUAAGAAUAAACGUAAACUGUAACCAGAUGACGAAAAACUCCUUCCAGAAGUUAUUGAUUUCUUAGUUAAGACGAGAAACUCCUUAAGAGUUAAGCCAAACGCUCGAAACUGUGUACCCGGCGACAUCUCUGGACCAGAGGAUCGGUUCACUCGCGUCUUCUCUACCGGACCGAGUACCAAGAGGACUCCAUCGUCCCUGAUCUUGGGAUCCACAAAGAGGGUCUCCUGUUUGGGUGAGGUAGCACACAGGAAUGUGUUUGAUGCUGUUUUCUCUAAGUAAACAACUCAGGUAGCUAGAAAACAUCAUUUCCAGCCAGAACGCUUUCCUCUUUCUGAAAGAAAUCUUCUGAGAAUUCCAUUCACGCAUCCAAACUCGUAUUUUCAUUUAGCUUUCAUCCAGCCACAGGUUUGCCUUUUGAAAUAAGUUUAAUAUCAAAGCAGUUAAAAAUUGUCAUUAAAUUGUCAUCCAUGAAUUGUCAUUUAUAAUUGUUCUUCAAAUCUUAAAGUUUAAAAAUUGUUAGUAAUAAAAUUCUUCAUUUAUUUAACUUGCCUCAUUCUUGAAUUGAAACACAGAAAGGUAUAAUAUUUCUGGUUAUUGAAAAGCAAAGAUUCCUAGCGUCUGAUUCAAAAUAAACUUUUGCUAUUAAAUUUAAUUAUCUUAAAUUAAACAUUAAUCUUUGGAUUAAAAUAGACCAAGUGAAUUGGUGUAUGAGCUUCUAUUGAUUAUAUAAGUUUCUUGAAUAUUUAUACAGGGAUGAGCCGGAUACUCGUUUCAGACGAGUAUCCGGUACGGAUUAAGCAUUUUUGAUGAAUACGAGCAUGACACGAGUAAACCUCAUAAAUUUCUGUAAUCGUGCUGAAGCAAAAUCCUCAUUGGGUAACUGACUGUCUUCACGCUCUGUGAAUGGCCAGUCACAUAGAGCGCCCGCCCCUUCCUACACACAAAACUCUCUAGCCGGCCGGGAGCUCAGUGAGUCCGGCUCAUCCACGCACACACACACAGAAACGGAUCUCGCUGUGAUUGCUUCACUGUUGCUCACGUUUCUUCAGUUUUCCCUAGGUUUUCUUCAGCUCGCCUCUUUUUCGGUUGAAUAUUUAAAGUUACUUUUUUUGUAACUUACAUGGUGCAUUUGACAAGACAGAGCUGACAUGCUGUGUCUCUACCUCUGCUCUGGUCGGGUUUUUUAUUUUAUUUAACUCCCUCUCUCUCCCUCUCUAUCUCUCUCUCUCUCUCACACACACACACACACACACACACACACACACGCACACACACACACACACACACACACACACACACACACACACACACACACACACACACACACACACACCUCAAUCAACAUUGUUUUGUUUAACUCUGUGUGGGAAAAUGCCAAGAACGUUAAGAAAAAAAUCUGUUAAAUCAAAUUAAAAUAAAAAAAAAUAUAUAUAAAGUUGUGUCUGAUUCUAGCAUUUCAUAUUUCCUAGUUCCUACUGCAUGAGUUCAGAUGUAUUGAUCCAUGCACUUAAAUAUUAAUGUUCUGAUUUUAUUGAAACACUUGUUCUGUAAUAGUUCCUUUACUAUUGUGAUCAAAAAUAUUUAAUCUCUAUUCUGAGGCUGCUCUGUAAAUAGUUUUCAAAUAAACCACACACAUAUCAACUUCUGAUCAAUCCAUAUCAAUUUCAGACUUAAAAUAAUAUAUUGAUGUAAACCACACCCACUUCCGGUUAAACCACGCCCACUUCCGGGUUAUGCCACGCCCACUCCGAGUACAGAUACAGAUAAUUUAGUUGAUUGAACAGAUACAGAUACAGAUAGUGGUGUACUCGCUCAUCCCUAAUUCAUGAUAUAAGCUCAUGUGCUAAUAUGCUGGGUCAUUCUCAGAAUCUAACAACUGAUAGCAAACAGUGUUGAUUCUAGUAUGUAGUUGACCCUACACCAGACCUGGGCAUUUCACGGCCCGCGGGCCACAUCCGGCCCUUUGUGUAUCCUUUUCAGGCCCGCGUGAGUUCAAUAAUGAUUAGAUUAUGUAAAUAUAUGUAGUGAGUGCAAUACGACGGUGCUGCUUUUAUUCUGAAAACCGCUACGCUACUUCCACAUUGACGUAUCUGCGUGUCGCGAGCUUUGAGCAUCAACAUAAAUAUACGGCUUUGAGUGAAGGUGAACAGCCAUAAAUGAUGUUAGCCUCAAGAUGGAAGCACACGCUAAGAAGCGAAAAAUUGAUAGCGAGUGUCGCGUUUUUAACAGGACAUGGACAGCCAAGUACUUGUUCACAGAAAUUAAAGGUGUGCUUGGUCUGUGGUACACAGGUCGCUGUGUUAAAAAGAUUACAAUUUGAAUCGCCACUACACGACCAAACAUGAGGAUAAAUACAGAAAUCUGUCUGAAAAAGAGCGCGCAGGGGUGUCUGAUGCAUUGCUAGCAAAACUGCAAACCCAACAAGGACUUUUCACCAAACUUCACACCAGCAGAGAGGCUGCCGUUCGGACAAGUUAUGUAAUAUCUCACAAAAUCGCCAGGAAAAGUAAGGCAUUUUCUGAUGGAGAGUUUAUUAAGGAGUGCUUAUUGGACUCAGUUACACUGAUAUGCCCAGAGAAAAAGGACGCGUUUGAGAAUGUCUCACUCUCCCGACGUACUGUGACGAGGCGGGUUGAGGACAUCGCUGAGAACUUGGAGCUUCAGCUGAAGAACAGAGCUGCUGACUUUGAAUUUUUUUCUCUGGCUUUGGAUGAGAGCUGUGAUGUGCGUGAUACCGCCCAGCUUCUCAUCUUUUUACGUGGAAUAACUACAGACUUUCAAGUCACGGAGGAGCUGGCUGCCAUGCAGUCAAUGAAAGGAACAACAACCGGCAAUGACUUAUUCAUAGAGGUAAAUGCAUGUUUGGAAAAAUUAGGACUGAAAUGGGACAAUCUGGCAGGUGUAACAACAGAUGGUUGUCCAAAUCUGACUGGAAAAAAUGUAGGACUUUUAAAGAGAAUGCAGGAUAAAGUAACAGAAAUUAAUCCUGUGCAGAAAUUGACAUUUUUGCAUUGUAUUAUACAUCAGGAAGUGUUGUGUAAGACAGUGUUAAAGAUGGACCACGUUGUUGAUGUUGUAACUAAAACUGUUAACUUCAUCAGAGCAAGAGCAUUAAAUCACAGACAGUUUAUUGCUCUUUUGGAGGAAAAUGAGAUGGAACAUGGUGACAUCAGCUACCACUGCUCUGUCAGGUGGCUCAGCCUAAGCAAGGUACUGAAAAGUGUCUGGGAUCUGAGAGAACAGAUUCAGGAUUUUUGUGUGAAGAAAGGACAUGCCGUCCCAGAGCUUUCAGAUGAAGAUUGGGUGGCAGACCUCGGAUUUGCUGUGGAUGUGACUGCACUAAUGAACCAACUAAAUGUCAAACUGCAGUGCAGGGGACUUUUUGUGCAUGAGAUGUACAGUGCAGUAAAGGCUUUCAUGAGGAAGUUGCAGUUUAUCUCAAGCCAAGUGAAGGACAACUUUCUGACCCACUUGCCAACACUAAAGGAGGCUAUUCCAAAUGCCAAUCACCCCCACAAGUACUCAGCCAAGUUAGAAGUACUGCAUGCAGAGUUUUCAAGGCGAUUUCAAGAUUUCAAAGCUCUUGAAAAUGAAAUGAACAUGGUUUCUUCUCCCUUCACCUGCAGUGUGGAUAAUGCUUCAAGUGAUGUUCAGAUGGAACUCAUCGACCUGCAGUCUGACACACUUCUGGCAGAGCACUUCAGGUCAGUCUCACUGCUGGACUUUUAUUCCUCCCUCAAAGAAGAGAACUUUCCACACCUGAGGAAUCAUGCUCAGAGGAUGCUAGUUCUCUUUGGAUCUACCUAUGUUUGUGAACAUACAUUCUCGGUGAUGAAGUUCAACAAAUCCAAACACAGGUCCUCUGUCACUGAUGACCACCUCUCAGCUGUUCUUCGCAUAGCCACCUCAGCCAUUCAGCCAGAUUUCAAUGCCCUUGUUCAAAACCAAAACAGGCUGGAUUAUUCUCACUGAAAAACUCACUUAUUUCUCACUGAAGAAAACAUAACACAAGUCAUUGUAUUGUUGCAUUUCUAUAAACUUCUUGUUUGUUGAGUUAAACAUGUUAAAAUAAAAUGACAUUGAUUCGGUGGUUGCGGUUGUUUUUGUUUUAUUUGGAAUAUGCGCCACAGUUUCACAUAGCAUAGCCCAAUGUAAAUAUUUGCAUUAUUUUAUUUUAGUUGUAUUCUUCUGAUUACCAGUACCAGCUAUUUGUGAUAUAUAAUUUAGUGAAUUUUACUAUUUAAGAAAGUUAAGCCAACUUGGGUUCAAGAUGUCGUUAAUGUGGCCCUCCGAUGCAACUCGGGUUUUGUCAUGUGGCCCCUUGUAAAAAUUAAUUGCCCACCCCUGCCCUACACUGUGUUUGUAAGUUAAGUAGAAGAAAGAUAAGUCCAGUUAGGACAGUUGGUUGUGGUAUUGUUAACCCGGUAGACACUCAAAACCCAUACAAGUAGCUAACUCUAGUCAUUUUACCAUCUCAGAAAGUCUAAGUAUUGGACAUCUCUCUCAGAACCUCCUAGACUCCAGAGGGGGAUGUAACAUCUGGUGUCAGCCCCUAACGGAUGAAGGUGGAACUGCAAUUGUUGCCACUUCUGUGUUGGCAUCAUAAAAUUCCCCAGCCUGGCCUGCCAGACUCCUCCUCUGCUUAAUUCUGCACAGAGAAAGGGUCUGGAAACUCUCCUAUUCAAACAACCCCACCCCGUGAGAAUUCUAACCGCGCCAAUCAACGCUGAGUAGCAUAUAUCACACACCACACCGCAGAGUUUGUCGAACAAGGCGACUGAAACGGAGUUUGCUGCUGCUCUUUCCUCUGGUCUAAAUGACUUGAAUGUCUUUAAAGAGCAAGUAACGUCUAAAUUAACUUUUUUUUGCUGAUGAACUGUAUAAAUGAGUGUCUAAUAGUGUUUUAAAUGUGUGUAUUCAUUAUUUUAGCAUUUUGGUGCAUUUUCUUUAAAAAUUAAAAAUUCUGCCUAAAUACCACAGUAUAGCGCCACCUUCAGCUUAAAACAUAGAAUUUGACUCAUUUUGAAUAAAUUUUAGCCAAUGGCUAAAGAGUAAGAUACUACGUAACCCAGUAGAGUACUACGUAGCAGCUCUGUGUCAAAGCUAUAAAAGCAACGAGCGUCUCGGCCACGCCUUGUGGCGAGUUGGGAGUUGGAUUUGCAAGCGAGCGUAGGACGGUAAGCGGUAGUUCAGCAUUAGCAUAUAGCAUUAGCAUAUCCUAGUCUUUAGCGUAGCCUUUAUUGUUAUACAUACUUAUUUAGUGUUAGCUUGGCUGUUGGAUAGUGUAGUUUAGUUAGUGUUUGGCCGUUAGUGUUAUUAGGAAAGUAGUUCAGGUUUAGUGCUCCAUAUCGUGUUAGUAUGCUGUGAGAAGGUGUAGUGUAGUAUGGUUGCGGUGGCUCUGUGGGGUUGUACUCCUUUCCGCUGGACUUAGAAAUUAGGCGCCAGUGGUUGCGUGUCUGGAAAACAUUCAGCUCCCGCCGGGUGCUGUAGUUUGCAACCAGCAUUUUACCAGCGAUUCUGGUCUCCGUUUGAAGAGGGAGGCAAUGCCCACCGUGGCUCUUCCGCGAUUUAGAUGCAGUCCACCGACUCUGCUCCCCCACCAUGACGGGCUCCAGUCUGAGGUGAGUAAGCUAAAUAGAAGUUAACAUCUUCUAAAGACAAUUUCCUACCUAAAUGCAAAGUUUGCGAGACGUGGUUCACUCCAUUUAGCUAAUAUCAGCCUGCACUGCCUUCGGGCUGAUUUGUCAAGUUCACAAAAUGUGGAACGGGAUGUAAGGUUAGAAUCAGCGGCGAAUCGGAACAUAUCUCGAAGCCCUGGCCGACAAAACGGUCCACAUGACUGUCAGGCUCAGAGAAAAUUCGGGUUGUUUUUGUGUCAGUCGGUAAUUCUGCAACAGUGACUCUAACUAACGCAGCACUAGUUGACAGACAUCAUUACAGCGUGAAAUCCAGCACAGCGUGACCCGGUUCCGUGAGGAAUUCUGUUCAGGAGGUCGCAUUUCAGGCUCUCCACAUCAUAUGCGACUGACUUUUACGUUAUAACAACGAUCACACACUAGGAAUGUUAUAAAGCGCCUAUACAGGACAGUUUCUUUUGUAUAGUAUCUGACUUUAUAAACAACAAUGUGCUUCUAUUUUUUUUAGGCUAAAUCUACCCAAGACACUGGCUGUCAGACUGAUUUAGCUGCAAGAAUGCACUUGUCCAGGCUGACGUGAAGCGUUACCCGUAGCAAAGAGCUCACAGCCGCAGUGUGUCUUGUGACACAGGGACCAUAACGGAAAUUCAUCUUCCAGAAAGUCCCAGAGCAGCGUCCACACCCCUGAAAAGACCAAGAUGUGAGGUGUCUGCUGUUGAUUCCAGCUUCCACCUCAGUGACAGUGCAAGCUCAGUGAACUGUUCAAGGAGACUACUGAUUCUGGCCCUGUGACACUUGGUGGUGACGUGUGAGCUGAUUCACCUGGUAAAUAACUUUUACAUUAAAUAUUUUGUUCUUUGCUAUCAAAAGUAAAUUAACUAAUAACCUGCAUUAUUGCAGGACACUCAGCAAAAUAUGGACUCUACACCAUGAGGCAGGCACACGUUAAUAACUCAAUAAGAGCACAUAAGCCUGGCUGAUCACCUGAUAACUCCUGUCAUCUGGUUAUGACAGCAUGAGGAUGUCCUCACACACCUGUAACCUAUCAGCUCAUCUGGCAGAAUAGAGAGAGAAGAGACAACACCACUUCUCCUGUUCCUGGAAAGCCUUCAGCCAUCCUUAGAUGACUGAGAACCUCCAUCAGCUCUGUCUCCUGUCUGCCUACAAUUAUUAUAAUAAAUAUUGUGUUUGACAAGUUUUUUUGUGCUGCCAAAUAUCUCAUUUUGAUUCCAGUUUUGAUAUUUUAAUGGAUAUUUAUAAAUUACAUUGAUUAUCACAUUUUUGUUGCAUGUUUAACUAGCUCUAUUGUGAUGAAUUAAACUAGCACCUCACUGUUAAAAGCUCGUUUUAAUUUCAAGCAUGUUUAAGUAUUUAUGGACAUGAACAAAAACAGGAAAUAUAUAAAUUAAGAUUUAUUUAAUUAAUAUAACAAAUAAGGGGGAAAGAGUCAUUGAAAGGCACAUUCUUCCGGAAGCUCCUGAUCCUGACGACACCAGAGACCAGCUGCAGACACCAGAGGACCUAGAACCAAGAGAGCAGCUGUUAUCAGUAAAUAAAUAAAUCAGGGCAGUUUUAGUGGGCUGAACACAUUACAGAAUAAUUUUCUCAUGGGGUAUUUUCAUACAUUUCUAUGCAGCAGACUGUAACUUGAGCUCCUGGAGAGAUGCUAUCCAGCACGUUUCAGUGGUUUUCCUGCUUUAACAGGUUAGAUUAGCUGUUAAGCAGCUCAGCUAUUUGUUGCUGAUUAAAACCAGGUGUGUUGAAGCAGAUAAACCUCUAAAACAUGCUGAAUACUAGCUCUCGGGCCGUGGAGCAAAACCCUGCAGCUAAUCCAAUACUAUGGCUAACGCCUACUUACCAUUCAGAGCUGGUUCUGUUGGGUCGGUUCCGCUAGUUCAGGCAACUCACAAGCUCAAAACAAUAAGGCUCAGGUCCGCUUGUCUCCUCCAAAUAUACUUGGUCCCUUUCUUCUCGAGUGUCUGGGUAAGGAGGGGGAGAAACGUCCUCCACUUCUAAUAACUGCUCAGAGAGAGGGGAGCUAGCAUCGUCUAGUUAGCCAUCGUCUUCGUCACUGCCGCGGCUCCGCCCUCUCGGUCCUCCAGGCAACGCCUACUAAUGUUGCAUUUUUUUAAAUUGAUACGUGGGUGGAGAAGGACUCCGAGGCACACUUUACCUGCUCUUUAAAACCACAACAAGUAGAAGCGCUAAAAGUAUUUCCUCUAAAAUAAACAAGAUGUUUGCGCCGUUGUCAGACACCUUAAUUUUUUUUGUACUACUGCUAAAAAUAAAAAACUACAGUGUCGAGCAGUACAGUCAGCAUUUCCGUCUUUUUUCUGAUUGGUUAUUUUUGAGCUGCCUGUCCCGCCCCUCAGCCUGUUAGUUACCAGACUCUCUGUGCAGAAUUAAACAGGACGAGUCUGGCAGGCCAGGCUAAAGAUUCCCAGGAUUGUGCAGGCUUGUUUUAAACUCAUGUCAAUAUCUGCAGUAUUUGGCACAGCUCAAAAAUCUAUUUGAUUAGUGUGACUGCAAUCAAAGUGAAUUCUUUCACAAAACAAGCAUAUUUUUAGUUCCAACUCCAGAACAAUGAACCAUCUCAAUUAAAUGAAUACUGCAAUGUUAGCCAAAGUAGGACUUGCGUUCAGAUAACAGAAUCACACGUCUAGAGUUAAUUACACCAAUUCAACCAUUUUAACCUCCACUCACUGCAUGCUUGGACAUUUUGUAACAGAAUCCUGCUGGUGUGAGCAGCUCUCUCCUCAAUAACAGACAAGGAAACAGGCAGCUGCUACCACUUCUACUUUAGGACAACUGGUAAAUAUCCUUUCUUUGUAUAGCGCUUUCUAGGGUUGAACAGAUUAGCCCUCUUAAUGUCAGUUUUUUGAUGAGGUAUUUGAAGAAUCCUGAGUCUGUGGCAUCAUCCUCCCAUAUUUUCAGUCCAUACUUCUGGUUGUGCUAUGACCUCUUAAGGUUCUUCUGGAGGUGAACAACAAGGAGGAC